GCCAUCCCUACGUGGUGGUGGUGGUGCUGUCGGUGUUCCUUCUCCCGGCGUGGUGUGGUGAGGAAUUUGUUCUCGCCGCCCAUCCCUCACCAUGGCUGCCAAAUUCUUGGCUCCCCAGAUCCAGGAUAACCCGACAGGCUGGGGCCCUUGUGAUGUGCCGGACCAGUUCAAGGAUAUGCCGUACCAGCCCUUCUCCAAGGGGGACAGGCUGGGCAAGGUGUCUGACUGGACGGGGGCGACCUACCAGGACCGUCGCUAUGCCAUCAAAUACCAGUCCACAUUCGGUAGCAUGCAACAAUAUGCUUACUACCACGAGGAAGACGAGUCCACCUUCCAGCACGUGUACAAGACCAAUGUGCCCAAGCCUCUGUACCAGCGCGGCCGCUACAUGCGUAACCAGCGCAACCUGAAGAACCAACGCAACCAGAAGGGCCAGCAGAUGCAGGUCCUUGGCAAGGGUAACAAGAGAGAGUUUCGCAGCUUUGGAUUCCAGAACAAUAAGAAUUGGCAGAAGCAGCAGUAUCAGCGCAACCGUUGGAACCGCGGCGGCCACCCUCCCAUCAAGAACCGCGAUGCCUCAGUGACCGUGCGGCCUGAGUGGAAGGUGAUUGAGGAGAUGGACUUCCCCCGUCUCUCUAAGCUGUCUCUUCCCAACGUUGAUGACCCGAAGGACUUGUACCUGUGUGGCUCCCUGGAGUACUACGACAAGGCCUACGACCGCGUCACUGUCAAGAAUGAGAAGAAGCUGACCCGCAUCAAUCGCAUCUUCCACAAGGUCACCACCACUGAUGACCCCGUUAUCAGACAGCUCACCAAGACUGAGGACAGUAAUGUGUAUGCUACUGACGCCAUCCUGUCCACCAUCAUGUGUUGCUCUCGCUCCAGCAACUCCUGGGAUGUGGUGGUGCAGAAGAUUGCUGGCAAGCUCUUCUUUGACAAACGAGAUGAUUCUGAGUUUGACUUGCUGACAGUGAGUGAAACUUCUAGUGAACCACCUCAGGAGGAAGGAAACUCCCUAAACUCCCCCAGGAAUCUCUCUCUGGAGGCCACCUUCAUCAACCACAACUUCUCGCAGCAAGUCCUUCGUAAUGAUGGGAAUCGCUACAAGUUUGAACACGACAACCCCUUCCUGGACGAGGAUGAGGAGGACGAGGUGGCGCCGGUGGGCUACAGAUACCGCAAGUGGUGCCUCGGCAAUGACAUCAACCUGGUGGCUCGCACAGAACACGACUCAGUGCAGUCAGCGCCCAACAAUGAAAUACAGUUCAUCAAUAUCAAGGCCUUGAAUGAGUGGGAUUCCAAGUUUUCUGGAGGUGUGGACUGGAGGCAGAAGCUGGAUACUCAGCGUGGUGCUGUGCUGGCCAACGAGCUGAAGAACAAUGCCUGUAAACUGGCCAAGUGGACAGUUCAGGCCAUACUGGCUGGUUCAGACCAGAUCAAAUUUGGCUAUGUGUCUCGUGUCAAUGUGCGGGACUCCACCAAACACAUGAUCCUGGGCACACAACAGUUCAGACCGAUGGAGUUUGCUAACCAGAUUAACUUGAGCAUGGACAACGCCUGGGGCAUCCUGCGCUGCAUCAUUGACAUCUGCAUGAAGCUGCCUGAUGGAAAGUACCUCAUCAUGAAGGACCCUAAUAAGGCAAUGAUCAGAUUGUAUGACAUCCCAGACAACACCUUUGAGUCUGAUGAAGAGGAAGCCGAGAAGCAAACCGAGCCAGAAAAUAAACAUGAACUUGUGGACUAGACAAGGACACUUCAUUGUAAGCAGGAAAAAAUAUAUGAAAAAUAAAAAAUAAAUAAAUAAAAGGCUUGAAUGGACAAUAAAAGGUGAACUGUCAAACUUUUAACUAACUUAUCAGAUGAGACAACAUUCAGUAUAAGUGUGCCUUGCAAUAUGUAACAUCUCAAAACACUUUUCUGAGACAGGGAGGGAAGGGUAAUCAUCUUGCCUUGUCACAUUCCUUGUUAGACCCUCAAGAUGCCGACACAAUUGCCUCCCAAGUAACAUAAGCCGUUUUUCUUAAAUACUGAAAAGAAUGGAGUGGUUUUUUUGUAUGACAUCUGGUAUCUGGUAUAUAAGUAAUAAAUAUAUAAUGGAAUGUU